AUGAUGAAAGGAUUUAAAAACAGAUUGACUCGAAACAAGAGUCAAUCGACAAGCAAGAAAGGGGAUAGGAAAGACAAGGACAAGAGCGAAAAGAAAUCGUCGUCGCCAUCAUCAUCAGCAUCCACCACUUCGAAUACUGGAUCGCUGCAGAGCUCAAAGAACUUAAUGUCCAACUCGUCAACCUCAUUAAAGUCAAACUCACCCAGUCCUUCAAGAAACAAUAGCUCAAACAGCGCUGUUUCAAUCAAAUCGACAAAUAGCAAUACGACCAUGACGUCAGUCACAUCCCCACAAGGCCUGCCAACCACCGAGUCCCCACGAAUUGUUGUUAACGAUGACAACUCAAAUACGGUUUUUGGUUCACCCUCGCAGCAAUCGUCCAAUAGUUCAGGUGUGUUUCCAAACACCGUAUCAUUAGCAUCAGGACCAUCGUCAGUAGCAAAUAUGUCAGCUUCAAACACUGGCAUCACUCCCACGACUAUGCCUUCCAUAGUGACGCCGAACCAAAGUGCUGCCAAUGUUUCUUUCGGCUCAACUGCACAGCCCAUAACACCCACGCCAACCUCGCCAAAGAGUCCAAAUUUCGAAUCCAAAGCGCACCACAGUCAGCAAGGAGCGCAGUCACACUACCAGUUGAAUCCAAAUAUAUCAUCUCCUGGUAGGGAUUCUUUUGAUAUUGAUUUGAUAACAGCACCAAAGAGACAUUCAUCCUCCAGAUUUGAACCAACAUCUUCCGAUAGGUAUCAGGAAAUUAACAAAUUGCCAAACUUUGAUGAAGUGUUACCAGAGGACCAAAUUAGCUUAUUUAUACAAAAGAUUGAUCAAUGUAACAUCAUGUUUGAUUUCAGUGACCCCACUUUUGAUAUUAGAGGUAAGGAGAUCAAACGGAUGACAUUGCAAGAGUUGAUUGCAUUUAUCUCGAAUAACCGUUUCUCGUACACCGACGAGAUGUACAAGCAUGUUGUCAAUAUGUUUAAAAAGAAUUUGUUUCGCCCAAUCCCUCCACCAGUCAACCCUAUUGGCGACAUAUAUGACCCUGACGAGGACGAACCAGUCAGCGAAUUGGCAUGGCCGCAUAUGCAAGCGAUUUAUGAGUUUUUCUUGAGGUUUAUAGAGCUGCCUGAUUUUCAGCACCAAAUUGCCAAGCAGUACAUUGAUCACGAAUUUAUCUUAAGAAUACUAGAGUUGUUUGACUCAGAGGACCCUAGAGAAAGGGACUGUUUGAAGACAACGUUGCAUAGAAUUUACGGAAAGUUUUUGAGUUUGAGGAGCUUUAUUAGAAAGUCAAUCAACAAUGUUUUCUUGCAAUUUAUUUACGAAACAGAAAGGUUCAAUGGGGUUGGUGAAUUGUUGGAAAUCAUGGGCUCUAUUAUCAAUGGAUUUGCACUUCCAUUGAAAGAGGAGCACAAGAUCUUUUUAGUGCGAGUAUUGAUACCAUUGCAUAAAGUAAAAUGCUUAUCGUUAUAUCACCCGCAGUUGGCGUACUGUAUUGUUCAAUUUUUGGAAAAGGACCCCUCAUUAACUGAGGAUGUGAUUAUGGGUUUGUUGAGAUUCUGGCCCAAGAUUAAUAGCCCUAAGGAGGUUAUGUUUUUGAAUGAAAUCGAGGAUAUUUUCGAGGUCAUGGAGCCAAACGAGUUUGUUAAGAUACAAAUCCCAUUAUUCGCCCAGUUGUCGAAAUGCAUCAGCUCAUCGCACUACCAAGUUAGUGAAAAGGUCUUAUGCUACUGGUCAAACGAGUACUUUUUGACGUUGAUCACAGAAAAUGCUGAAGUUGUGUUGCCAAUAAUUUUUGCAUCGUUGUACGAAUUGACAAACUCAACCCAACCCGGUAUCGAAAAUGGCGUAAUGCAGCAAAAGUUGGCCAAUUUCCCCGAUGCAGUAGUAGAUGCCAACGGUAACUUAAUUGAUGCAGGGUUGGUGUUGCAAGACUUGCAACAAGGAAUUAUACCAAGUGCAAAUGACCCAGACCACCCCCAUCACAACAUUUUCCAAGUACAUGCCUCGGUGAACAAUAACGGACAGAAUGAAGAAAAUGACUUGUCCAUGUCCCUCAACGGCGAAGGAAAUCAUCAUCAGCGCAAUCCCCACUCCGACAUCAAUGGUAAUGAACUAUCAGAUGAAGAGUACUACGAUCUGUUUAGUUCAAUGCAGGCAGGCAACAUGAACUCAGGAGGAUCCAACUCGAAUAACCCAUUGGGUGAUGAAUUUGGACCUGGAUUUGAUGAAGAGACCAGUAUGUUGCAGCACAAUUCUGCCACGUCAACCUGGAAUAGAAAUAUCCAUUCCCUUUCGUAUGGUGCGCUCAAAGUAUUUAUGGAUCAUAGUCCAGUGUUGUAUGACCACUGCACCAUGCUAUAUCAUCAAUCAUUAAGUGAGCAAAAAAGUCGCGAGGCAGCACGAAAGGAAGGGUGGGAGAAGAUUGAGAAGUAUGUAAAGCAGCUUAAAGCUCAGCAACCAUCACAAGAAAGUAGUGGCGUAUUUUUGAAAUAA